CAGGGCGCCCGGCGGGGAUUGGCUGGGGCGCGGGGAAUUCCCGGGCCCCGAGAUCCCCUCGGCGGGCGCAGCCGGAGCCAGCGGCGCCGGGCCGGGCAUGGCAGCGGCGCGCCGCGGGCCGCAGGGUUAGGGCGGGUCCCACAGUCAUGGCGGCGCUGCAGCCGCGGGCCCCGCCGGCCGCGCUCGGGGAGGCCAAGCGGCCGGAGGCGGGCGAGGACUGGUGCGACAGCGGCCUGGGCUCCCUGAGCGAGGGGCAGCUGAGCCAGAUCCAGGACGGCCUGGGGGCCCCCCAGGAGAAGCCCCCGCUCCCCGCCACGGGCCUCCCCGUGACCCCUGAGCCCUGCCCCGGGGGGCGCCCCGUGACCCCCGAGGCCUGCGCGCCGGUCUCCGAGCGCCUGGACUCUGCCCUGGGCGAGGAGGAAGCCGGCUGGGGGGCGGCCGUGGGGCAGGCGGUGGGGGCGCUCGCCCAGGGCGUGGGGGCCGUGCGGCUCGGGGACCCCGCGCCCGGGGCCGGGGAGGCGCCGGCGGCGGCCCCCGGGGCCUGGCUGCGCCACGUCCUGGGCUUCGUGACCGAGGAGGGGGAUACAGCUCUCCACCUGGCUGUGAUUCACGAACACGAGGCCUUUCUGGAUUCUAUCUUGCAGUACACGGCUGGGACGGAAUACUUGGAUCUGCAGAACGACCUGGGCCAGACGGCACUGCACAUCGCAGUCAUUCUCGGUGCCUCCAACUUUGUCCGCAAGCUGAUGGCAGCCGGGGCGGGGCUCUGCGUGCAGGAGAAAGCUGGCCACACCGCGCUGCACCUGGCAUGCCGGGAGGGCUGGCAGGACUGCGCACGGUGGCUCCUGACAUCGCUGAGUGGGCACAGGCCCUGCGAGGGGAAUGAUGCCUGCACUCAGUUGGACUGCACCAAUUAUGAUGGUUACACGCCGCUGCAUGUGGCUGUCCUGCGGAAAGACCUCGAAGUGGUCAAGCUCCUUGUGGGUGCCGGAGCCGAUCUCAACAAGGCGGAGCUGAGCUGUGGCCGGAGUCCCCUCCACUUGGCAGUGGAGUCGCAGAGCCCGGAAGUAGUGGAGUGUCUGUUGCGUGCUGGAGCAGACCCGAGGGCCCGGAUGUACGUCGGCUACACCCCCAUCUAUAGCGCCGUACACAGGCCCAACCAAAAGGUCUUGCAGCUUCUCCGGGAGUUCGGCUCAGAGGAGCCCGACUGGGAUUCGGAGGAGAGCCUUGCUGAGAGCAGCGACGAGGAAUACGACGACAUCGUCAUCAACAGUGGACACUAUAAGAACUGACGGGGCCGGGCCGGCAUCCCCUGCAGCGUGAGCCAUUACCCAUUGUGGCAGCGAACCUCUCCGUAAAAGACUCGCGUCCUGCUCUGCCGUUGUGGGAAGAAGUUUGGCAGUGGCUCAAUCUCUCCAUUCCCAGCUAGUUCCGACUAUUUAUCCAAAAGCUGCGGUUUCUGGCAAUGCUCAGUAUAAAGCUCCUGCUACUUGGAAGCGGUAGCCACAGUUCACCAGGGCCUUGAUCUAAUCCGUUUAUCUUUCCCCCUCUCCCUUGUUCGUUUUCUUCUGUGUUUCUUAGCUUAGUCAGUUUAUAUCGAGUUAUUUUGAUUACGUUAAAAUAAAAAAAUGGUAUUUCAGCACCUGCUGCUCUUUGCAGUCGCAGCUGGGAUGGAUUGUCGGCAGGAUUCCUCUGCUCACUGUAUCCUUUGCCCUGUCGAGCCACUUGUCCUUUGCAUUCGAAGCGGGAGCGUCAUCCCUACCUAUGCAAGGGGUCCUGCUGGAGUCCACAGAUGCUGUUCACAUAACCAAGCAAUUUGGGUCAGUGUGGAGCUGCACAGAAUGUGUCACAUUUCCGGCUGGGUUUUAGCUGUCUUUCAAAUGCCUUGGGCCUGUUUGCUUUUAUCUUGAGAAGCACUGAGCACCGCCUAAGUCCAGUUGGAUUUAGUACUUGGGAACAGCUAAAAAGAAUCCGACCCUAUCUAAGCAGCUAAAUGAGGUGGAUGGAUUUUCACGAGCGCCGUGCAGCCCUGGUCUCCUCCUGCAGCCGUAAGGCCGAGGAUCGGUGGGUGCUCUUGAAAAUCUGAGCCUCUGCUAGCGUUUAGGAUCUAUCAGCCGAGUCAGGGCAAGAGCUCCGGUGUAGGGUAGGUGGAUUGAAACAGGCAGGGUCGGGGAGGAAUUCACAGGAGGUGCAGAUGAGAGAUGAGGCUGGUGGAAAGAAUGGGGGUGGGGUCUGUUAUGAGCAGAGGGAGUGACAGAGUGAGGAAGAGGAGGGAAGAGAGGCCAAAGAGUGAGACCUUUUAGAUCUCAAAGGUGGGGGCGAGAGGUUAGAAAGAGUCAAGGUGUGUUUGGAGCUGUCUGAUUUGGGUCAGACAUGGAGAAGGAGGGACGGUGCCUGUGCCCUGUCUGGUGUAGGAACCGCGCGUCUCUUGUACCUGUGUAUAGGGUCCAAGAUGCAUCUGUGUCCAUACGGGCCAAUCUUGGCUUUUUAGCAGCUCAGCCAGUACUGCAGGGUGGGACCAUCUUCAUUCCUUUCCCCAAGGAGUCGGUUUUCUUCCUCGGUGCCCGCUGACUGGCUGUAAAGCCUUGUUCAUGGUAUCCUCGGCGCUGGGUGUCAAUGAGGUCUCUUCUGGAGCUGUGUGGGAAGCAGUUUUCCCAUCCCAUAACGUUUUUAGAGAUCAACAAAUUUGCCUGCUCCAAAUUGGGCUGAAAACUCCCACCUCGGCCUUUCACAAGCGGAACGGCUGAAAAUAAUUUCAUUUGCGUUGUUAGAUUUUGAUCGUUCUGUCGUCUGAAUUUAUUCAUUUCAAAACCAAAAGUUGUUUUGAUGACAAAACUGGAAACUUGUUGAAACAGGAUGGCUUCACCCCCAACACUCCCUCAAUGUUUUGAAUUGAGCAAGUCAGCCAAAGCGGCCCUGUUCACAAGUAGCUUUGGCUCUGACAAAUUGAUGUGGGUUUUUUUCCAGGGGGAAAAAUGGUUUGUCAAAUUCCCAACUAGCUCUGAUCUUUGUGUCUAAUGCCAUGGAGAUGGGACCGCUGGGUGCUGUGCUGUGCUGUCUGAAAUUGCUUCUGUUUGCCGGGCGGGCGGGGAACGGGGUAAUUUUGUAAGAGCUGCCCUAGGCAGACCUGUGACUUGAUUUAGAAACUGGCUGCAUUAGUUACAGAUAGUUUAUUAGUAAGACCUACUUCCUCCCCCCCCCCCCAUUCCAUUUGUGGUUUGGAAAGGUGUGGGGAGAAAGGAUCUAAUUCUAAACAAAAUCCUCCUCAUUCAACGAGGCUGCUGUUUUCUCCUUUACAUUCUCAUGCGUCUUGUAAAUGAAAACACAGGCCAAAAUGUAAGGGGAGAUUGGGGCUCUCUGUUUUUUAGGGGGCGGGGGUUAAUUCUCAAGCUCUGAGCAUCUUAAUGUGAUCUCAGUACCAGGAGGUGGGGGUGGGAUAAUGAGGUUCUGGAUGUGUCUGGGGGGGGGGGGGCCAGAAUCAGGAGCCUCCCUAGGAAAUGGGGUUGGAUUUUUAGUUCACUUGCCCCCGUGCGAAGGACUGAGGGACCUGACUGUUAAGAGUCCAUAAUACUUUUCCCAGCUCUCAAGUGGACCAGAAUUGAGCCCUCUAGGCCUCCGUACUUAUUAUUAAAGGGCUUACCUAACACACAAGUUGUAGCACUUCAACAACACCUGGCUCUGUGCAGCAGGAGAUAACAAGGGAGGUCAGUCUCAUUGUCCCCAUUUAACAGAUGCACAAAGAGUUGCCCACGGUCACCCAGCAGGCCCGUGGUCAAAUUGGGAGAAGAACCCAGGUUCACCAAGUCCUCUAUGCACUAGAUCACACUGCCUCUUUGUGUCUUUCUAGUUAAAGUUGUACAAUCCCAUCUGUGGGCACGCAGUUAUAUUGACACAAAGGUGCUUUAUUCCCCUCUGGGAAGGGGAAUAGGCCUUACCAAUAUGAGGCACCUUUAGACCAGUCUAACUGUCCACCCUAGCAGUUGUACUGUCUUGCUAUCAGU